UGGGAGGGUUUGGGGGGGAGUCGGUGCGACAGUCGGACAGCUCCGCCUCAGCCAGUGCUCAGCAGUAUAAAGCGCAGCGCUCACAGUCGCACUCUCAUCAUUAACCAACAUCAACGAAAUGGUCAGCCGUGGAGCUGCAGCAAAAUGCUGGAUGGACACCUUGUUCUGGGAUGGCUAUCAGUUACACUUGUAGUCCUCUACUGCCUCGGGCCGGCGGCUGCUAACUUCGGAAUUCCAGCCCCCAUGUCUCUACGUGCCCACACCAGACUGACUUCGGAGGGGCAGAGCACUGGCACGAGUCUGCACCCACCCCGGUCUAAAGAAGAGGCACCCAGACAUGGAAGAUACACCCGAACGCUGACAGGGAAUGAACCAUUGACCAUCCUCCCUCUGACCUCAGAAACGGAGGAAGCUGCAGUGAAGGCCCAUUACAAAAUCUGUGACCGGCUUAAGCUUGAGCGGAAGCAACGCAGGAUGUGCCGACGAGACCCGGGGGUGGCCGAGACCCUUAUAGAGGCCAUUAGCAUGAGUGCGCAGGAGUGCGAGUACCAGUUUCACUUUGAGCGCUGGAACUGCACCCUGGAAGGACGAUACCGGGCCAGUUUACUGAAGAGAGGUUUUAAGGAAACGGCAUUCCUUUACGCCAUCUCCUCAGCAGGACUGACCCAUGCAAUGGCCAAGGCAUGCAGCGCAGGUCGCAUGGAACGCUGCACGUGUGACGAAGCUCCUGACCUGGAGAACAGAGAGGCCUGGCAGUGGGGGGGCUGUGGAGACAACCUCAAGUACAGCAACAAGUUUGUUAAGGAGUUUCUGGCAAAUAAGUCCAGCAAGGAUCUGCGGGCAAGAGUGGAUUUACACAAUACCAACGUGGGGAUUAAGGUUAUCAAAGCUGGAGUUAAGACCACAUGCAAGUGCCACGGAGUCUCUGGAUCUUGUACAGUUCGCACAUGUUGGAGACAAUUGUCACCUUUUCAUGAAAUUGGGAAACAACUGAAGCAAAAGUACGAGACUUCACUAAAAGUAGGGAGCACUACUAACGAAGCUACUGGAGAAGGGGACAUUUCUCCACCCAAAAAGCCAGUUGCUGGCCACAGCGACCAAAUUCCAAGGACUACAGAUUUAAUAUACAUUGACGAUUCACCAAGUUUUUGUCGGAUGAGCAAGUAUUCUCCUGGCACUUCCGGAAGGAGAUGUUACAAAGAUAAAAACUGUGAAAGCAUUUGCUGUGGACGGGGACAUAACACUCAGAGCAAUGUAGUUACAAGACCAUGCCAGUGUCAGGUUCGAUGGUGCUGCUAUGUGGAGUGUAAAGAGUGCACACAAAGGGAGGAGGUGUAUACGUGUAAAGAUUAGCCAACAGUUCUAGGUUUGGAGGAAACCAUCACAGCGUAUGGAAACAAAAACAGGGUCUGAUUGACUAUGGGAUCUAAAGCUAUAUAUAUAUAUAUAUAUAUAUAUUAAGACAUAAGCACUUUGUAGGGUAGAGAUAACCCAACUGUGUUGCUGUUUUUAGGCGUGUUUCACUGGGUCAUAAGCCCAUCUUUAUAAUCUCUUAUUUUCUCUGUGUCCCUGAGUGUAACCAACUCAAAAUGAACGGCCUGGAACGAACCUGUAACUAUUGUAAGCAUUGGAACAUUCACAGGGCUAAUCCAACCCACAACCAAUCACAGUAGUCGAAUGUUCCUUAUUCAAACUGCAAUAGCAACAGUAGCUAAAUGUUUCAAACACGCCUCCAUAUGAGACAAAGUUCAUACAUCCAACUGGCUUUGUUGGCUGAGCUGGAACAUUUCAGUGGUGCAAUUAAUUAAGUGCGCAGGUAGAGAUCCAUAACAUGGUGGUCAUCUUCUGGUCAUCCCAAUACUAGCCAGCCUUCUUGAACUUGUAGUUCCUAUAACAAUGACAAGUGGCACCUGGAUCUUUGUCUGGAGACAAAUUAACUUGGUGACUCAAACUCCAGUGAGUGGGAGAGCAAGGGAAACCAUAGCUUUCUUCAGUUCUUUUCUGCAAUCUUCUAGUAAGUUGGAAGAAUAUGGCAGAACUGGGCUUUGUGGGAAAAUAUUUCUACAUAAUACUGUAGAACAUAUAGGGGGUUAUUUAUUAAAGUCUGAAUGCCAAAAACUCAAAAAAUUCUACUAUGAAAUCGGAAUUUUUAGU